UGACAUCCGAAGAAACCCGAGUAAACCCGGAGCGAGCCGACUGCCCGUGCGGCGCGUGUCAUCCACCUUGGCUGUCCCGAGAGACGCACCUGGCCGUUGCUGAUGGAAACCCGACAACAAGAGCAGUACUCCAGUGUCCUGAGUGAAGCCGUGCUGGACUGGGCUAGCAUGGGUCCCGACGGAGAAUGGGUGAACUCUGACCCACACGAGGGACCACAGGACAGAGGACAUCUAAGUGCAGGUCUGGACUCUCAGCCCCUGCGAGAAACUGAUGAAGAUCUGGCCUCAGAAAUCAACCUGAGCAACUCCAUCAUGACGGAGGAGGAGCGAGAGGAGAUACAGCAGGAGCUAGCCAAGUUAGAAGAGGAGAUCAGUACUCUAAAGCAGGUUUUAACAUCCAAAGAAAAGCAACACGCUGAGCUGAAAGAGAAACUAGGCCUGACUCCUUUGGGUGAACUACGAAACAAUUUCAGUCGUGGAUGGCAGGACAUGACCAACUCCACAGCGUAUAAGAAAACUUCAGAGACACUGUCCACAGCUGGACAGAAAACUACAGCCGCCUUCAACACCCUCGGCACAGCCAUUACUAGGAAACUUGGAGAUAUGAGGAACUCUCCCAGUUUCAAAUCCUUUGAGGAGAAAGUUGAGACCACAGUGUCCAGUAUCAAGACAAAGGUUGGAGGGACAGGACCUGGAGGAAGCUUUGAAGACGUUCUGUCAUCUGCAGCAAACGCAAGUAACCAGGACACACCCACCAACAGCAUGACGCCUGCACCCGAGGGAUCCUGCUAGAGCCAGUGCCACAUAGCAGCACUUUGACCUGAGACUGGACUGUUAUUCAGUGUUAGACGCCUGUAAUCGUCUUCAAGAAAUUCACUUAUUAUGCAAUUUAAUGUUUGGACCAAAAUUAACCACACAAUUUUAAUGUCAAAGGAGAUUAAAUAUGAAUGUGGACUGAAUGGUCUUAAACAUAAUCAUCCCCAUGUGCCCCCUAGUGGUCUCCACACAACAUUACAUCACAUAUCCCCAAUGAAUCCUAAACAGGAAGCAAAUCAGCUGGUUGUAAUUUUGUUUUUCUAUAAGGCGAACUUUCAGGCUGUAACAGACCUGGAAUCAUAAUUUAAAACACACACAGCUGUAUCAGAUCAGAGACGCCUGAGGUUAAUCAUUCCUCUUCAUGUAAAUGAAUGCAGACGUGAGAGGCAACGUUUGAGAUGCAGAUAGUCUUUGUGACAGGGCUUAGCACAUAAAUCCAAACUGCUGUUAACCUUUUUACUAAAACUAUUACUACAAGCUUUAUAUGGACUAGCCAACACUAUGGCUAUAUAUGUAUUUCUGCUAAAUUAUUAUUAUGCAUUAUUAUAUAAAUCUAUGUUUUGUGGAAAAAAAAAACAAACAAAACAUUUUGAUUGCCAUUUCACAACUUUGACUGUGUAAGGAAUUAGCUAGUCCCAUCAUCAUUGUUGAUGUGCAACAUUGCAAACAUGAGUUGUUACACUAUUACAUAAUGCUGCAGUAACAUUGUCCCUGUGCAUUUGCAAUGAUGGCUUUAUGUCUGUUGUCUGUUCUAAAAUGCAUUUCAGGCAUGGACACCACAAUCUGAAUCCAGUCAUUUUAACAGAUGGUUCGGUGUACAAUGAUUUUACAGUUUUACAUUGAUCCAGAAAAAUGGAGAAAUGUAAGUGUGAAUGAUGCUGUUGUUAGUUGUAUAUGCAGCUGUAAUCUCACCCAGGACCUAAUGUAACAAGUACAUGUAAAUGAUCUUGGUUCAUGAGGACAGCUCCUUGAUAAUGAAUUUAAAACUGCUGUGGCGGUGUUGCCAUCAAAGUUAGCGCCUACGUUCAAUAGAUGCAUCUGCUACUGGUUAUGUGUCAUGUUGUCUUUCAUAUGUUAACUAUUUCUUUUUUGUUGUGAUGUGAAGGGUGACCAAGAUCAUCUCAUAUUUUAUUCAAGUGUUUAUUAAAAUUCAUGUUGACAUUCAA